AUCGAAGUGAGGCCUCAAUCAUCAGUUCCCCUAAUCGUCUUGCCUCUUGAAGCUCCCUCCCAUGGCUUCAUCUUCUUCAACCGUAACGGCGGAGAGGAGGGGAAUUCCGGCGGCUCAAUUCGUAGAAGAUGUUGAGACCUAUCUCUCUCAAUCUGGACUCGACGUCAACUCCGCCCUCUCUUUCCUCCAAGAAAGACUUCAGCAGUAUAAGCUGGUUGAGAUGAAACUUCUUGCCCAGCAACGAGAUCUUCAGGCAAAGAUCCCUGACAUUGAGAAGUGCCUGGAUGUAGUUGCUACAUUGCAAGCUAAGAAGGGUGCUGGUGAGGCACUCAUUGCUGAUUUUGAAGUCUCUGAAGGCAUCUAUUCACGUGCUCGUAUUGAGGAUUCAGAGUCAGUGUGUUUAUGGCUUGGAGCAAAUGUCAUGUUGGAAUAUUCAUGCGAAGAGGCCACAGCCCUUCUACAAAAGAAUUUGGAGAAUGCGAAAGCAAGUUUAGAAGUUCUUAUUGCUGACCUGCAGUUUUUGAGGGAUCAAGUGACAAUAACUCAGGUAACCAUUGCUCGUGUGUAUAAUUGGGAUGUCCAUCAGCGUAGAAUUCGACAAGCUGCUUCUCCUUCUAAAGAUUCAUGAAAUGAGAAUCCCUUUCUCUGAUUGAGAGAUAGGGAGAACUUUUUGUUGCUAAAUUGAGAGUAUGGCUCUAUCCCUUGCUCACAUUAUUCCUAUAAGCAUGUGAGUUGUCUCUGUAUUUUCUAGUAAUGUAAUUUUAACUCCAUGGUCUCACCAUAGCUAAACCAUUGAAAUCCAGACUCAUGUUCAUUAAAUCAUGUGGAUGAAAUCAUUAAUUUACUAGGAGCAAGUUUGGAUUUAUGCUAGAACUUUGGGAAACAUGUAAGAUCUCUUUUUGCUGCAAUUUGUUCUCUUUUUUA